UUACGCAACAGCAGUAAGUACAUAUAAUACGCAAUCGCAUCUGUUAUCUUAAAAUCGAUUACAAUGCCUCGUAAUUGGAUCGAUCCAUUAUUGGGCGAGGCGACACGAGUGAGAUUAAUUAAGCGGUGUGAGCGCCCGCUGUGAAUUCACCUACCUAUCUGCUAAACCACCAGGUGGUUCUUUUGCAUCUAACCAUCUUCAACGUAUCUUUGAAAACAUCAUGUGUGUACACAUCAGCAUGAACGAUGCAGAACAUCAGGCAACGUAGAUAAGCUUUUUUAAUAUAAUGAUAAGAUCUUUGUCGAGCGAAUGCUAAAAACUUCUUUUGCCGUUUCGUGCUCGAUAUUAUAAUAUAGUGUACUGUUGUAUAGGUGGUAUAGUAUCUAAGGAACCCUAACCCUAAGGUAAGGAACCCUUCGUGCGCGAGUCCGUCUCGCACUUGGCCGGUUUUUUUUAUUCAGAUCAAAUUGAUCCGAGUUCUUAUUUGUGCUCUGCUUUUGCCGAAAGAUGUUAAGUGGAUUCCAUUUAAACUGACUUUUCGAAGGCUUUUGAUAAGGUUUGCCACCGGUUACUUUGUCAGAAUGUAGAGUGCUAUGGAGUAUAUGGCAACAUGUUUAGAUGGCUGAUAUAUUAUCUGGAUAAAAGGAGUCAGCUUGUAAGUAUGCAGGGACAUCUCUCGUCUUGUACUUUAGUAUCGGCCGAAGUAUCGGGCGUUCCACACGGCUCCCACUUAGCGCCUUUGCUUUUCGUGGUUUUUAUUAAUGAUUUAGCGGAAAGUCUUACUUGUCCUUGCUUGUUAUAUGCGGAUGCCCUCAAAAUCUUUUAUACCAUACAAGAUACAUAAGAUUGCCUUUAGUUGCAGCACAAUCUGGAUCUAGUUAAUAAUUGGUCCUCCGAUAACCAUAUGAUUAUCAACUCUAGCAAGUGUAAUGUUAUAUCCUCUACUUCUAUUAAAAAUAAAAUCGUUUUUGAUUACCAUACCGGUGGUUCUACACUGCAACGUACACUUGUUAUUAGGGAUCUUGGUGGAUAUCAUGACGAGGGUCUUACGUUUCGUCCACACUACGACUAUUUGAUUUUCUAUUGCCAUCAACUCCUUGGUUUUAUUUCACGUUACACUAAAGAAUUCACCAAUCAGUCAACUCUGCUAUACCUAUACUUCUCAUUAGUGAGAAACAAAUUAGAAUAUGCCUCAGUCCUUUGGUCUCCUCAUUACAAUGUAUUGAAGGAGUUCAAACAAAGAUUCUCAUUAUUCUCAGUUUCUAACUUAAUUUAGGUCGAAAAUAUAAAUCUUACAAGAUGAAAUUAAAAAAGGUUUCAAAUUUCUUCCCUAGAAUUCAGCGAAAAUAUCACCUGUUAAUUUACCUAUAUAAAAUCGUACACUCACUCCUCGACUCACCAUUUCUUGCCUCAACGCUUAGUUUCAAUAUUAGAUUUAAAUCACGUAAUCCAUGAUCUAAAAAAUCCGUAAACCCAUAUAGGGUAUUUGCUUUGCUCGUUUAUAAAAACAACACGUCUUUUUAUAAUCCUAUCACAAAUAUGUGUCGUCUAUACGAUAACCUGCAUAAGGAUCAUUCUCCCAAGAACAUUUAGGAAAGAAAUCCAAAGAUUAAUACUUCAUUAAAAAAAGUCAGUUCAUUUGUACUUUUGCAAGUGAUUUAUUGUUGAAAAUCUACUUUCAAUAUUUUUUUCUGUAAACUUCAUCCCAUAAAAUUUUAACUCGGUAUGCCCACAUCUUUAGAGUUACAGUUUAGUUUUAUAAUAUUUAAUAUUAAUUUGUUGUUUGUGAGCUAAUAAAUAAACAAGUUCUAAACUAAACUGUUUUCGCUGUGACACAAAGAAUACGUUUUAUCACUUGGUCCAUUCUGAGAAUUUCAUUUUGUGUGUCGGUCGUUGUAUUCUACUCUAUACAUUACACCGAUGCUGAUUCAUUUCCUACAACGAUUUGACAAUGGUUGAUGUUCCAUCCGUCAUAAUUUUAAGUGCGAUGACGAUCUAUUUUAGUAAAUCUUUUCAUUUGUUAACAUUUUGUGUACCUAUUUUAUGAAUAUACCGAAUGAAAGUAAUCACACCACCUAAUAUGGGCUAGUAAUAAUAAUGAACACUUUGUUGCGCACAUACAAAAGGACAUAGGUUCAAAGAAUACACAUUACAAUAAUGUGGGCAAAGGCGGCAUUAGUAUCCACACUGCUGGGGCACAUGCCUUCUCUAUGGAUGGAAUAGGGAGAAGGGCUCUGAUCUAUAUCGCGGGUCCAGUGCUGAUUGGUGGGACAACAAAUACUUACUAUUAGUUUAUAAACACCCAUUCCCCAUAACGAAAUAUUUGUGCUGAUUACGCAAAUGAAUUUUCCCUACCGGGAUUCAAACCUUUUAGAGCAUGGCAUGCAGUAGGAGCGCUACUAUCAUUCGUUUUUCUGGAAUCUCAAUUACUUAUGGACGUAACAGAUCCGCCUAAUGAUCCAAUCCAAAAUUCUAAUUCUAGUCAGCGCAUUUGUUUUAAAGCAUGAACUAAGGAUUACAAUCGUUGCAAAUAUAUAUUUAAGUAUUAUGUAUUUUUUUUUUCAGUAUGGGUUGUGAUUGGCGAAUGUAACCCCAUUGAAGUGCGACUAAGUGCAGAAAAUAUUAAUAAGACUAGUAUAGUAGAAGGUCUUUAUCAAAAUAAGUUUCUGUAUUAUCUUUAUCUUUUUCUGUGUUAUAUUUAAUUUCACAAACAGCAUCAAUCAUCAGCGUUUCAAAAAUAGAGUCCAAACAAUUACACAAGAAAUAAUGUUAGCGUUCAACAAUUUAUAAUCCGUCUUUAUUAAAACAAAAAACGUCAUCUAUAUUUUUAUCAUUAAUUAUUUGCCGCUCCAUCAAGUUGUGAAAGCAGACAACCAGCCGAUUGUUUGUCAGUUUAACCGCUAGAAAAGAUCCAUUCAAGACAUCGGUUUUGCAUAAAAUUAUGUAACAAAAAGUGAUCUGGGAAUCAUUGUUGAUGUUGGUUGAAUGGAGUCAAAUGGAGUUAAGAGAUUGACAAGUGACCGCCUACAUUUCUCUGAUACAAGUGCAUUACAAUUAGGUAGUGACUUGUGAAACUAGCAUGCUGAACUGGGAGGAGAAAAAAAAACAAAAUAAGCGCAAUUAAAUUACUAUUGCUACCUUUCCCACAGAGAUAAAAAAUACAACAGAUAGGAUCGGAAACUGUAG